GCCCCACCACAGGAACGAGUAGCCCAACCCCCGGCUCCACAGCAACAUUUGCACCUACUGGGUCUGGAACGCCAACCUUGGCUCCCACCACUUUCACUGGCAGUCCCACCGUGAGUUCUUUGACCCAAAGUCCAACAGGGGCAACCACAGCAACUGGAAAUCCCACAACAAGCACUGGCAGCCCAACUGCUGGCUCAACAACGGCAGUACCAACUGGUGAGGAGACAGGAACCUUGAAUCCCACCAUCUUCACUGGAAGCCCAACCACAAGCUCUUCUACUGGAAGUCCCACCGGUAGCUCUUCCACUGGUAGUCCCACCACUACAACAACAACAAUGAGCCCAACAGAAACUACUACAACAAUGAGCCCAACAGAAAUGACAACAACAGUGAGCCCCACCUUAGCUGUUACAACUGCGAUCCCCACUCUAAGCUCUUCAACUGGAAGUCCUACUGUGAUUUCUACAUCUGCUCCAACUGUACCUGGAUCAGUUUUGACUUCAAGCACAAUCAGCCUAGUGAUUUCACAGGCAAAUGGACGGGUUCCUGUGCAAGCGGAAAUUGAUGGUCUUUUGGUCCAACUUAAUCAAUUUUACACCGAUGUGCUCACAAAUGUGUUUGGUGCUGAUUUGCAGAGUUACACAGCAACCGAGACAUCAUCUACCAGCGAUGUGGCAGGCUCAUUCACAAUUUCAAUGGUUAGCCAUGCAGAUGUGACAGUAUUUGUGGAGGGUGCGACUAUUCCCUCUCAGGCAGAGGUUGACCAAGCCAUCCAAAAUGCAGACUUGACCGCGUUUGUGGAAGACUACAUUCCAAAUGUGCUACCAGAUGACAAUAUAUACAAGGGCACCAUACUGGCCUCCUCCACGUCCACAACAGGAAGUCCAACAGCCAAGCUCCAACCCUUCAAUAUCACACAGAUCCUUUGCAGCCCUCAGUUCCUCUCACUGCAGCUUUGCAACACCACCCCUUCAGUAUUCCCCAGCUCACCCCCCAGUGCCACCCCAAGCAUUUCCCCCCGAGGAUCAGCCUCUGGCACAGCUACUCGAAUCACACCAACAGCACUUGGUCCAACAGCAGAAGUAACAACUUCGCCAACAGCCCUAAUAACUGCAACGGCUGCUCGAUCUUUUGGUACUGGGCUUCCAGAAAUCAUAAAAUUGAAAGACUACGAGGCUACCGAGGAUGACACCAACAUCGAUACCUUUCCAGUGGCUAGCAGGCUGUCAUUCAAGUUCUUUCCAAACAAAGGAAGAGAGCCCACCACCAAAGAAAUCACAGCAUUGGUCAACACCACUGCUUCCUUUUUCGCAAAAGUAUUCCAAAACAAUCGAAUCUUCAAGCCGGUGUUCAGAAAUUUUGAGCUCACUGAACCAACUCCAAUGUACAGUUCCUCAGAAAACCCUGACUUGUUCAUUCUGGAGUUUAUGGCCCUAAUUGACGUCAAUGCCACCAGUUCAGUGUCAGGUCAAAGGGCAUCCAGAGUUAUGAGUGCUUGUAAUUAUGCCCACUACAUUGGCAAUUAUGUCAGGAAGAUGGGAUCAAGGAAUGAGUUCUACCAGACCCGAGCAGUUCAUUUUGUUGGUGUCAGUCAUAAGGCCUGAGUGUCCACCCCUUGUGAGCUGUGUUGGCAAGGUCGGACAGUAUGACGCCAGACAUGCGCCGUUCCUUCCCAGCAAUUCAUCUGCAUCUGCCAAACCAAGUGCAUGAAUCCUGUAGGCCACCGACUCUUUUAUAACGUGUUUGUAAUUCAUGAUAUUGGAUCAAAGCAUCCGCGAGAGGUCUUGCAGUAGUUUUCCACCCUAACACUGCUACGAUGCAAGUUUUUUUUUUGCUA